ACAUUUGGUUAAUAAGUUACAAGCACUAACUAAACUUGGUAGGCUUUGUGAUUGAAAUGAGUCAAGAGUAGGAAGUCAUGAAGCAAUUCAGCGGAAAAGUUAUCAUAAUAACAGGUGCUUCUAGCGGAAUUGGUGCUGCUACUGCAAUAGCGUUCUCGAAAGAAGGAGCCAAGUUGACAAUUUGUGGAAGAAACAAAGAAAGGUUAUCAGAAACAGCAAAAGAAUGCAUAGAAAAUGGCGCUGACGUUUUGGAAAUAGACGGAGAUUUAACGGAGUUUGAACAUUUGGAACCAAUUGUCAACAAGACUGUUGAGAAAUUUUCGGCUAUUGACAUUUUAGUUAACAAUGCAGGAUGUGGUGUGUAUGAGUCUAUUGGCGAUACAAAGAUUGAAGAUUUCGACAUGUUAUUUCAGAUACUACUUCGGGCUCCUGUAUUCUUGAGCAAAUAUGCCUUGCCUCAUUUGAAGAAAACAAAAGGAUGCAUUGUAAACGUGUCCAGUGUAGCAACAAUGAUUAGUUCACCAAACUGUGUUCCUUAUAAAAUGUUUAAAGGCGCUCUGGAUCACUUUACAAAAGGCUUUUCUUCAGAGUGCAGUCCGUUCGGUGUUCGUGUAAACAGCAUAAAUCCAGCACAUGUCCAUACAAGAAUAUUAGAGACACUCGAAAUAGCCGAACUAGAAGAGCUUAUGAAGGAAUCUGAAGCCCUUCAUCAUUUUGGGAUAAUGCAACCAGAAACAAUAGCAGACGGAAUUAAAUUUCUGUGCUCAUCUCCUCACAUUACUGGAAUUACACUACCAGUUACUUCGGGUCUUUCAGUAUAAAUGUAUAAUGAAAGUUUCGGUACUCCUGAAGUAUGCGCACCAAGAUGUCGCAACCUGAACCCUAACCCGGUACACCACCUGGGUUCAGAUUUGCGCCAUCUUGGUGCGCAUACUUCAGGAGGUCCAAAGUUUCUUUCUGUGGUUUGGGAAUACAUAAAGCUUAUUGACAUGUUUGUUCGAUUGCAAACCAAUGGGCAAUGAAGAUACAAAAUAAAGUAGAAAUGUACUUGCGGGAACGAUCGAUAAUGUAAAUCAAGAAAUGAUUUACAACAUUCAAAAAAAUAUUCGGUGCGGUAGGCAACCAAUCCAUGUUUAUAGUUACAUUUAAAAGCUGGUUGCGCUAUAGGAUUUUGAAAUGUAACUAAUGUCUGGAAAAUACAAAAAAAUGAAAUAAAGUCAAGUUGAGCGCCUCAUUUCACCAAGGUAGAUAAAUAAUGCGACAAAUACGAUAAGUACCCGUAACAGACAGCAUGUAAGUAUAUACUUAUUGUUAAAAUUGUCAAAGUUUUACGACAUACAGUCAAUCUGCAAUUUCGCGUAUAAUUAAAUUGUGCAAUCACAUAAACUUGCUGCAAAAUAUACACCAAAAUAUUAAUAAGGUCGAACAACAGAACAGGCGGUAUGAGUAGGAAAUGAAUGCCCGAAUUCGAUUUAAGCCGGAAAACGUUAUUUGUAAUCGAUCUCAUUGACGCGGACUACUUUUUUCAAGUGCAAAUCAGGUUUGUCAUUGAAUUGGUAAUAUUUUCAUUCUGCCUAUUCGCAAACGCUGAUUUUCUUUAUCAAGCGUGGGGUCGUUUCGACCAGUCCAACAUUUCAUA